AACUUCAAAUAAAAAUAAAAAAAUUAAAAAAAAUCCAUAACUGUAAGUCAGUUGCGAAAACUUCAUGGCGCCUUAUCUCUACAUUUGAACUCAAGAUAUAUACGCACAGUUUCAACAGCAAAAUCUCGCUGAAAACAUCGAGAAAAAUGGCUUCAACCGAAUCCGACGCCAAAACGGAGUUCACAGCGGUUGAAAACGGAGAAACGAAAGCAAAUCUCACCGUUUUACGACAACAGCUAGUUUCUGCGAAAAGGAUUUUCAGCGAAAGGUUGCUCAAAUCCUUUCACGGCGAUCGAAGCGACGAUCGCACGACGAGAUUGUACCAUGUUUGGCCCGGAAACAACGUAUUUUUCUGCGGCGGCCGCCUCGUGUGCGGCCCCGAUCCGAGAGGACUGGUGCUGACAACAAUGGCGGUGGUGAUGUCGAGUUGGAGUUUCGCUGCUUACGUUGCGAAUGACGACGUUUCUCGCGACUCUAGUGUUAAGAUAAUAUGUUGUGUGAUCUUGACCUUUAUUGUUCUUGUCAAUUUGGGAGUGGUUAGUACGAUUGAUCCGGGGAUUAUUCCCCGAAGCGAUCGGCCGUUAGUCGAAAGCACGACCGAAGAAGUAGAAGUAGAAGUAGAAGGAAUUAAAGUGAGGCUUAAGUAUUGCAGGAUUUGCAAUAUAUAUCAAACACCACGAAGUCAUCAUUGCCUUGUGUGUGACAAUUGUGUGGAGAAAUUUGAUCGUCAUUGCCCAUUGAUAGGUCAAUGUAUUGGUUUGAGGAACUACCGACUCUACGUACUCUUCCUCUUCAUGGCUUUAGUUUUCUUUGCAUACAUAUGCGCAUUCUCCCUCCAAAAGCUCGGGCACAAAAUGGCUCAAAACGACGUCGAUUUAAUUGUGACUUUCGCACUGGCAUCAUUUAGCAUUGGUGCUACAUUGUUACUUGGUGUCCUUACUUGCUACAAUUUGUACCUAAUUGCAAUAAAUCAGACAUCGUGUGAGAAUAUUCUUCAGUAUUAUGCGUCGUCACAAAAUCCCUAUGAUAAAGGAAUUUUGAGUAAUUUUAUGGAGGCUUUGCGUUGGUCAACGCCACCUCCUAAGGUUGACUUUCGAUCAGAGGUAAUUUAUGAUCAAGUAUGAUGGUGGAAUAAUAUUAGAUGAUUAAAUAAAAUUGAAAAAAUUGCUUCCUAUAUUUUGUGGUGUCAAUGAGAUUGAAUUAUUUCACAUUUGAUUCUGUAUUUCUAUUAACUCAUUGGUAGCUGGGAUCUUGGCCCCGUCGCAUUUAUUUUUAUGGGAAAACAAAAUGAAAAGAUACUUUUGAGAUUUGCCAUAUUUAUUCAUUUAAUAGCAUCGAAAUUGAUUUUUAUUGAUCCCCAAAUAUGUUUCCCAUGAUCUUCUAAUCGCCAUAAAAAGUUCCCAUAUAUCGGAUUCUUUUAUGUUAUCUUUCAUUGGGAUUCGGGAAAGUAACCAAAUAAGUUUUCACCCAAAAAUUAUCCUCUUGGAACAGUUCUUGAGUUCAAUUCCGCUUAAUUACGUGCGUUAUAGCUUUUAUAUUUUUGUGUGGGAGUGAUCCCGAUUGUGUUCGACUAUUUUUUCACCUUUGUGUGGUGUAGAAAUCUUGCGUCUGCGCGUCUGCGCGUGAGCGACUUAUUUGAUUAUUCAAUAGAUACUUGUAAUUCUUUAAAAAAAAGUUGCAUUCUCAUUUUCUUUUGAUGGCUUUGAUUAAUGAUAUCAUAAACUAUUUUGAAAUUGUAAUUUUAACGUGAUUUUCAAAGUGGCAAAUUAAAUAACCAUAUUUUCAAUUUUUACAAUUUCAUCGUCGCAUUUUUUUAAAUCGCUAGAGUGUUGAAUUAGCUUACAUGAAUUAGUAAAGACAACAUUGUCUUUGUGAGGCUUAAACGACAUUUCAUAUAAUUUCAGUUAAAAAUUUAUUCAAAUUAUGAAAUGAUUGUAUCUUGUAUUUGCACCAUACUUUUCAACAUUCAGCAAUUUUAUAGAAAACGACGUCAUAACAUGAAUAUUACGUGGGGAAUCAUAAACUCCAAAUCAACAAUUUUAUGAUUGAAAAAAAAAUUGCAGAGACGAAAUUGUGCAAAAAUUAAAAAGAUGGUGAUUUAAUUUGGCAUGCUUCAUAAAUCACGUUAAAACUACAAAUUUUAUUUGACAAAACUCUUUUUUAAUAAAUUAUUUGUAAUUAAAUAAGUAAAAUUUAAACUUUGAUAUAAUGUAUUAACCACUCUAUCGUUAGGUCAACACAUAAACGUGUACAUAAUUCAUUUGAAAAUCGGAAAAAAGAAAAGAGAAAUCGCUCAUGAUCAAGUUUUAGUAAAAGGGCUGACUUUUAGAAUAAUAGUUUGUAUAUCACCACUAGUAUUAAUUUUUCUUAGAACAAUUUAAAUUUUUCUUAGAACAAUUUACAUGAUUGGCUAACUAAAAAAGUAUGCCAAAGAUGAAAUAAUUGAAAUAACUCACAAUUGUUGUUCUAAAUCAAAUUUUGCAAUUUGCUUGUAUGUGUCACCAUCUUUGUUGCUGCAUCACAUGAUUCUUAGGUCAAUGGUCCACAAAAAUUGGUGAUCUAACACGCCCACUUUAAUCACAUGAUUCUUGAUAAUUUGAUCCAUAGAUUUUUUAUAAUACCGACAUGAAUUAAUGGUAUAGAUCUAAGUUUGUGUGAUCCAUUAUAUUAGUAGCAAAGGACCCCAUAUGCCUAAUUCUUGUGGGACUCAAAUAAUUUUGAUACUGUCUGUAUAGUAAACAUUAGUAUCGUUUUUAUCAAUUCACACAUUGUUAUAGAUAAAGUUGUAUCCGGUGCGUGUGUUGGUCAAGCGACAAUAUGUUAAUGUCUAAAGUCAAAGGUUUUAGGUUUGAGUAUACAAGACGAGUACAAAAUUCUUACGGUUUCCUCAAAAAAAAAAUCUUAUCGUUUUAAUUAUUUAGAUUGUAUAUCUAUUCACAAUUAUUAAAUUCUAAAUUUCUAAUUCAAAUAUAAAUAUUAGGCUCGAUUUGAUAUUAUUAAAUAUUUAAUAAUAAAAGAACUACUAUGACAUUAUAUUAUGACAAUAUAUAAUAAUUGAAAAUUUUAAAAAAGAAAAAUGCAAAGAAACAUAAUUUAAUCAAAAAGUAUAACUUCACAAUUGUAAAACCUCAAACUGAAAUCAUUCUUUCACCACAAGUCACGCCUUGUCACGGUUGUAAAUUAAUCAAAUAAUUUUUAGUCGAUUCAAUAUUAAAAUUUAAUAUUAUCGUAUUCGAUUAAUAUUCGAAUCAAAUAAUAAUACAAUAUAAAUAUUUGAUUUUUAUUCGAAUAGCAUUCAAAUACAAUUACAAAAUUAUAGUAAUAUUUAAUUUGAUUCGAUUCGUUACGAGCCUAUAUAUGGGAAUAAAAUGGUCCCAAAAUUGAACCAACAAAAUAGCAAGAUCUUUUUAUCUAUGUACACUUUAAGUGCAAACACUAAAAUUGAAGGUUGGUUAAAGGAAGAAAGAAUCAUGUGAAAUUCUGCUCAAUAAAGUGUGAGCACUUGUUCAAUUCUCUCUUUUCUUUUCAACUUUUUUUAUCACUAUAGAUUUGAAAGAGAAAAAAGGCUCAAUAUGAGUGUUUCAUAAGCUUUCGUUUUCAUUGUGAAUAAAGGAAGGUUUUUCUAAAUUAUUACAAUGCUUUCGAUGGAAAUUUGAAUAAUAAUUGGCUGAAUAGAACUUUGUAUUGUGACGCGAGUUACUAUUGCUAGUAUAAAAUAUCAUUAUAUACUUUUAUCCCAUCAUAUCGAUCAAUGACACGUUAUAGUAAUUUCUACUAAUUAUUAUAAAAAAUAAUAUUUGAAAUCAUUAUAAAUCAACUCGGGCUCACAGUUCAGUUAGUAAAACAUUUCCUCUUCAACUAAGAAUUGAGGGUUCGAAGAAGACAAAGCCGAGCUCGACUCCUUUGCUCAUGGAGAUCACGGCGGUUGUUGCUGGCAUUAUGUGGUGCAUAGAGUAUGAUUUUACACCGAUAGAUAGAGGUAUUUACGGACUCCAUGUUAGCUGCACGCGUGAUGGCUUGUCCGGAAGAGGAAGGUCAAUUUUUACCGGACGACAUUUUGGAUAUUCUUUGUGUUGCUCGUUCGUUUAUUCUUCUUAGUGUGAAACAUAUAUAUGUAUAGAGAGACUAAUAGGGCGGCGCAUAGCUUGGCGCAAUUUACGCGUUCUUGUCAGCAACCAGUGUGUUGGUUUGCUGAUUUCCCUCGCUGGUUAAGCGAUAUUAUUUUGGAGGAUUCCUCCUAAUAUAAUGGCACCUUCACCGUUUCAAAAAA